AUGAGUGAGCCCAUCGACAACAAGGCCCACGCCGGCGCCGGCGACGUGAUCAGCGAGGAGAAGGACACCGGCAUCGCCCACGUCGACGACUCCCACAACCUCGACAAUGAGGCCAAGCUCGAGGCCUACAAGGCCGCCGCCAUGGAGGCUGAGGUCGCCGAGCAGCAGUCGGGCGUCGUCCAGGCCGUCAAGGAGUAUCCCAUGGCUGCCCUCUGGGCCUUUGUCAUGUCCUGCACAAUUAUCAUGGAGUCGUACUGUGUCUUCCUCGCCGGCAGCUUCAUCGCCCUCCCCCAGUUCGCAAGGAACUACGGCGUGCCCAGCUCCGAGGACCCGAACAAGUACAUCAUCGUGGCCAGCUGGCAGUCGGCCCUCCAGAUGGGCGGCCCCGUGGGCGCCAUCAUCGGCGUGCUGCUCGCGGGCCCGCUCACCAGCCGCAUCGGCUACCGCUGGGCCACCAUCUCGGGCCUGAUGCUGCUCAACGCCUUCAUCUUCAUCUUCUACUUUGCCGACUCGCUGCCCGUCAUGUUCGUCGCCCAGCUGCUCGAGGGCAUCCCCUGGGGCAUCUUCAUCGCCAACGCGCCCGCGUACUGCAGCGAGAUCACCCCCAUCCAGCUGCGCGCCCCGGCCACCCAGAUGCUGCAGAUGUUCUGGGCCAUCGGCUCCAUCAUCGUCACCGGCAUCACCUUCCACUACAACCAGUACAUGCAGGACAUCGCCUACCGCAUCCCCAUCGCCCUGCAGUGGAUGUUCCCCACCCCGCUGGCCAUCCUGCUCUUCCUCGCCCCCGAGUCCCCCUGGUGGCUCGUCCGCAAGGGCCGCCUGGCCGAGGCUGAGAAGGCCGUCGCCCGCCUCGGCCGCAAGACCCGCCUCAACGCCAGCGAGUCCGUCGCCAUGAUGCGCCGUACCGUCGACCUCGAGAAGACCAUCAAGGAGCCCAGCCUCGUCGAGCUGUGGAAGGGCACCGACCUGUACCGAACCCUCAUCGUCUGCGGUGUCUACGCCGCCCAGAACCUGACAGGCAACCUCAUCGCCAACCAGGCCAUCUACUUCUUCGAGCAGGCCGGCAUGGACACCAACACCGCCUUCGCCCUGGGCCUCAUCACCUCUGCCCUGCAGAUGAUCUUCGUCAUGCUGUCCUGGAUCCUCACCUCGUACCUCGGCAGGCGCACCAUCUACGUCUGGGGCUCCCUCAUCAACGUCGGCUUCCUCAUCGCCCUCGGCAUCGCAGGCUCCGUCCACCAGAACGACGCGGCCUCCCUGGCCCAGGCCUCCCUGGGUCUCAUUGUCUCGGUGCUGUUCGUCCUGGGCCCCGCCCCGGCCUCAUGGGUCAUCAUCGGAGAGACCUCCUCGGUCCGUCUCAGGCCCCUGACCACCGGUGUCGGCCGCGCUGCUUACUAUGCCGUCAACAUUCCUUGCAUCUUCCUCUCCAGCUACAUGCUCAACCCCGACGAGGCCAACCUCGGUGGCAAGUGUGGUUACGUCUGGGGCGCCACCGGCUUCGUCUGCUUCCUCGCCGCCUACUUCUUCCUGCCUGAGAUGAAGAACCGGUCCUACCGUGAGAUCGACAUCCUGUUCAGGCGCAAGGUGCCGGCUCGACAGUGGAAGAAGACUGAGGUUGAUAUCGCUGCCGACGAGUAA